CGCCUAACCGGAAGUGGAGUGUGUAUUUCCUUGCUGAUGUGACUGUGAGCCCGUGUCUCUUGGUGGAGAUGUCUUGCUAACAUCACGGCGGACGCUUAUCGGUUAAGUCAGCUGAGCUGCGUGUCAUGGCUCUUGUGUGGUGGUGAACAUGGACAACACCAUUAACUCUGAGUUCACAGGCAGGAUGUGUGACGGGACUCUGGACUACUUGUUGAGUCGGAGGCAGAUAAAGCGGAGGGACGGUGCUGAGGUGAGAUGGUGUCACGCAGUGAACAGCAGGAGCAGACUGCACGAGGCGGUGACAGGUACCACUCAUAUGAUCGAGGCAGACAUAAUCAUGAGAGGUCAUGACCCCAAAGAGCCAAUCAUGGCACACCCCCCUGACACAGACAGCGACAUCACACUGAAGGAAUGGCUGGAAGCAGUGAAAGAGCACCAGAUGGGAAUAAAACUCGACUUUAAGAGCCUGGAGGCAGUGUCUCCAUCUGUGGCUCUGCUGGAGAAAGUGCUGCCUGACCUGAGCUGUCCUGUGUGGAUCAAUGCAGAUAUUCUCUCUGGUCCUGGUGGACGGGCCACACCUCUGGACCCUCACGCAUUUCUUUCUGCCCUGACAACUCUCCCCACUCAAGCUGUGCUGUCCCUCGGCUGGACAACAGGAUGGACUGCUGGGACAGACAACCCAGGAUACAGCUGGGAUAUGGUGCAUGGGAUUGAGGAGAUAUGUAGAUCCCUGAAACAUCCAGUCACCUUCCCAGUACGUGCAGCUCUCCUGGCCCAGUCGUUCUCACAGCUCACAUGGCUGCUGCAGCAGUCAGACAGGUACAGUCUAACUGUGUGGACCAGCCAGAGUGACAUAUUUUCACCACAGGACUUACUGCCCUACAGAAAAAACGUUGACAUCAGUAGGAUCUACUAUGACCUGCCUGACUGUCAAAGGACAGAGCUCAGUCUGACAGGAGGAGACAAUCUCUUAGAAUAACUACACUGCAAACCAAGUUGUUUUCAGAAAUCUGACAGACGACCGAUGCCCCCAGGUGACAUAUCGCUAACGAACCGCUGAUCUUCUGGUUAGUGGACAACCCGCUGUACCCUCUGAACCAGAGCUGCCUGUAGCAGUAGUAUUUCACUGUUGUAGCUGUUUCAGCUGUAGCUGAUUUAAUGCCUUGAUACUUGUUAUCAAAGCAGUACAUUGGUUUAAUGUGCUGUAUGAAAAUGCACCUAUUUUACAUUGAUAUCAAGUUGAUCUUCAGAUUUAAAAUCUUUAUAUGCAAAGUAAGUUAGGAAGAAGCUGAAGCUGUAAAAAAGAAGUAAUAGUAAGUACAGUGUAUAAAGUAGUGUACAGUAGUGAUUGAGCAGCUGUGGCUCAGGGGGGAGAGUGGUCAUCGUCAUGCCAGAAUUUGGUAUUUUGAUCCCAGUCUUGAUCACUCCACAUGCCAAAGUGUCCUUGGGCAAGAUACUGAACCCAAAAAUUGCCCCUUCUCAUAGACAAAGUACUGCGAAUAGAUGCAGUGUAUGACUGUGUGUGUGAAUUUGGGAAUGGCAAAAACCUGUACUGUAAAAUUCUUUGAGCGGUCAUGAAGGCUAUAAAGGCUCUUUUUAAAUACACAGAGCAUUUUUCCAUUUAAAACUAUGGUUAAUAGAUCAAGUGACAAAGUACAAGACACAAUAUGAAUAGGAAUGUUUUCAAAUGUAUGUACAUUGAGCCCUAAACAAUGAGGUAAGUAAAUAAGUCCACCGAAUACUGUAUUUGUAUUGUAUCACAUCUGGUUAAUUCAGACUUAAGGAAUGCACUCAGAAUUUGAGUAGUUCAGAUAAUCCACUCACUAUACAUUGUAGUGAACAAUGUCAAUGUAAAUGGAAUUUGUCCUCUAACUGGUGUCAGUGAGCUGGAGGUAAAUAUUAGUUUGGAUGAUCUGUGGUGAGCAGAGAUUUGUCAGAUUAUCUUCUAUCCAACUGUGAGGUUGAAGACAUUAGCAGAUGUUAACAGCAUUGUGUUUACAGUGUAUGGAUAUGAGAUGGAGCCUGGAACAAUCCUUUUAAUAAAAUAUUUACUCAA